AACGUGACGCGGCAUAAUAGUGCUCAUUUAUACAGAUAAAGACACGAUUGAGUCAACUUAGAUUUUCGUUUAAAUCGAGGAUAAAGAUUAAAAAAGUUUUAAUUUUUAUUACAGCCGACAUCACGUCAGUUAAGCCUGUGAUAGAUGAAAUUACAAUGGUAUCCGGGAAAAAGUACCUACGAGUCUUCGGUUAUACGUAUGAGGGCGCGCUUAAGUUGAAAUACUCCAUGCGUUACCGAUGCAGCCAAGGCUGUGGAGUAUAUCUUUACAAGUCAUUCGAUGUCACAUUUGCUAUGUCACAGAGAGGUGGUCGUCUACUAGUAUUCAAUGGUUAUUGCUACAGCAUGCAAAAGUUUAGGAACGAUUAUUUCCACUGGAGGUGUACUAUGGUCCAGCCGGGUACAGCGAAGCGUUGUACUGCAAAGCUGUAUACGACCAUAGAGUACAAAGUUAUAGAAGAUAUCGGAGGACAUUCUCACAAGAAACCUAAGUUUACAAAGAAAAACAAUACAAUCGUCAGAAUCUACUAGAUUCUUAUCACUGUUUUUAAACUGAACUACGAUAGCACUAUUUGCGUGUUCCUA